AUGGACGACCAGGGUAAGGCAGGUGCAUUGGCUGGCUAUUUUGGCGGUGUACACCGAACGGACGACAGUAUUCCGAGAACCUUGGAGCUAGGAACAUCCCCGCCAGAUAUUGGGGAGCUUCAUUUAUCGGACGAGAUAGUGCGGCAACACUUGGAGGACCUAGAAGUCCAUAAAGCGGCUGGAUCAGAAGAGAUUCAUCCUGCCAUACCCAAGCCUAUAGCUGACAUCCUCGCAGGACCGGUGUAUAAAAUAUUCAUGCUUCAUUAG